GGUCCGCACCUUUUCCGGUAACACAACACAUCGGGGCCGAGGGAGGGAGCGAGCGAGCGACAGGGGCGAGGAGAAGAAGCCAGAGAAGCGGGGGGAGAAACGGCCUGGGGACCGCGGGGAGGACGUUUGCCGCAUAGGGAGGAAGCGAGAGAAGAAAGUCGGAUGAAUUAGUGGCAUUUUCGGCCCUUGUUCCUCUUCAUGUCCCGCUGUAGCAGGAAGAGGGGGUUUCUGAAGCCGUUAGUGGGGAAAUUACCAGCAGCAGCAGCAGCGGUGAAUUUCGUCAACAGACCCCCGGGCAAGUGUGAGAAGCCCGGGAUUUGGACUGGGCCUGUUUCCGUGGAAAUGUUGAUUGUUAAGGGCACAGGUUAGACUCAAGCAUCCCCACCCGACUCCCUCAAGGGCUUCACACACACACACACACACACACACACUCUCAGGUCACCCUCACUGUGGCGUUCUAGAAGCUUUUUUUUUAUUACCGUUCUAAAAGUAUUUAUGCACGUUAAACACGAUGGGGAAAAUGCUGUCAAAGAUCUUCGGCAACAAGGAGAUGAGAAUACUGAUGCUCGGACUUGACGCGGCGGGCAAGACCACCAUCCUGUACAAGCUGAAGCUGGGACAGUCGGUCACCACCAUCCCCACGGUGGGCUUCAACGUGGAGACGGUCACCUACAAGAACGUCAAGUUCAACGUGUGGGACGUGGGCGGCCAGGACAAGAUCCGUCCGCUUUGGCGACAUUACUACACGGGCACGCAGGGCCUGAUCUUCGUGGUGGACUGCGCUGACCGGGACCGCAUCGACGAGGCCCGCCAGGAGCUCCACCGCAUCAUCAACGACCGGGAGAUGCGCGACGCCAUCAUCCUGAUCUUCGCCAACAAGCAGGACCUGCCCGACGCCAUGAAGCCCCACGAGAUCCAGGAGAAGCUGGGCCUGACGCGGAUCCGCGACCGCAACUGGUACGUGCAGCCCUCGUGCGCAACAGCCGGGGACGGACUCUACGAGGGCCUCACCUGGCUUACCUCAAAUUAUAAAUCCUAACCCUGCUCGGCGAUGACGCUGCCUCUCUCGCAAUUAUAUGCUCGUUUUAAUUCCCCUUUUUUUUUUUUUUUUUUUGAUCGAUCACGAUUAGGGUGGGAAAUUUCCAGUAAAUUUCCACGGAAAGUUAGGCUGGGGAAUUUUGGAAAUGCAAUGAACCCUCGCAUAUUUGCAUAUUUUUUGGAGGAGGCUAGCCUCAUCACCUAUUCAUUGUUUUUGUGCUCAGGCCAAAGCCAUGUCUAAUACAUUUUGUUUUGGUGACAUCUGAUGGCAUCUUGUUGCCAAGCAACUAUGUUCAACUAAGCGGAGGAGCUUCAUUUAGUCGGGGCGUAGCCUUGUCUAAUAGAAAAAAAAGUGCUUUGCCACCAUCCUGUGGCAGCUCUAGGCAAUUGCAAAAGUUUUUGGGUGGGCGUCAAUUACUAUUCACACAUUUUGACUUCACGCGGCAGGGCUCGGCCUCGACCCAACGCGAAUGGUGGGGGUUCACUGCGUUCCCGAUUGGAAACUUUCCAUGGGAGUUAAUGUCAAUUUACGGGAAUUGAGGGGGUCACAUUCGAGCAUAGAUAUUAACAUUUUGUUCGGUCUUAUGCGGCCAUCCAUGUCACAUAGAUAACUGGUACCUCAAAUUUUGAGCUGAGACACGACGCACGAAUAAAUCGACCAAGAGAGAACUAGUUGAUAAACUGGUAAAUUGGGGCGCAACUGCAGUUAUAGUAAAUCUGGUUGUUUUGGUCGGGGUUACACUAUAUUUCCCCAACAAUAUUGAAGUUCCCUAUUAAGAGCCAGCCUCAACACAACACAGGAGGCAUAUUAGAAGGUAGAUCAAAUACAUGACAGAAAAUUUAUUCUGAAUGAAUUAAGAAUUCAAAUGAUUUUGCAUGGAAAGUUUCCAACUCACAACCCUACUCAAUAUAAUCCCAAAUUUAUUUGUCUUUUUACUUUGCUUUGCUCUUAUUUGCAAAUUCUCUGCUUCGGCGGCAUUUGGGAAUCUCGCCACGAGUAUUCCGGCUACAUAUCCAAAGGUUGGGCGAGUCUUUUGAGGACAGGAACGUUUUGCCUUUAUCAGCAACAUUUUCUAAGAAUGUCUGGCUUUUUUUUUUUUUUUUUUUUUUUUUUUUUUUUUUUUUUUUUUUUUUUCCCCCCCCCCCCCCGGACCUCGACAACAACAAGUGAUUGUAACACCUUUUGGACUUUGGAUAUUUACACACUGUGAUAUGGAUCUUUUUUUUUUUUUUUUUGCUCAUUGUCUCACACAGAUCUUCCAUGUUUGUAGUUUCAGCUGCCUUAACACACACACAUAAAAGAGAAGUAUUUUUUUUUCAGGGGAGGGCUGUUCUUUACUGCCCUUGUUUGACUGACCUUUUCGGACCCUGCCAAGUGUUUAACCACCUCCAUUUUGGUGCUCAAACCACCCAUGUUCCUCUUCACCGUCAUCACGCGAUUGUGUUUUACGCUCUCCUUUUUUGCUAUGCUGAUUUGAAGUAAUAAAAACAGAAAAAGAAAACAUGAUUUUAUCCACA